AUGAACCCGAGAAGAGGCCCACCGACUGUGCUGCGCUCUCCCGCUGCUGCUGGCUGUCCCUUUCCUUCCGCUCGCUAUCAGCGGCCCCUCUCCCUAUCGGAACUUCCCACCCCAGAAGCGGAGGGCCCACGCGCCUUUUGGUGGGUCGGCAACGGUGAUGUGGAAGGCAAGGAAGUCCUCCUGAAGUCCAGUGGUCACGGGGAGCAACUGCCACGGCAACGGCGCAAGAAGAGGAACGCUGCCCAGAAAAAACGCGAGCAGAGGGAACUCCCCGUAGACGAACAGCAGCAGCAAGAUCAGCAAUACAGGAGCUCAGUGAAGCUGCAGCUACAACGGGCGCAAAAUACAGAAGGAGAAGGUUACUCCACAGAAGAACCUGAUGAAGAAACACUGAAGCGCCUGCAAGGGCAACACCUGCAGCAACAGCAGCACCGGCGACACAGGAACUCGUUGCACAUGCAGGUGCACCGGGAGUCCGGUGCAUAUGCGGGGAAUUCUGCAUCAGACAGUUCUGACGAGGAGGUUCAGGGGCAACAGCAGGCGCAGGCGGAAAGGCAGCGAAGAAACCGAUACAGAAACUCGGUGCACCUGCAGGUGCAGCGGAACUUGUGGAGAUCGAAAGUGCAUACCAUACCGGAGGAAUCGGACGAAGAAUCGCAAGAGACACAGCCAGAGGCACCGGAGUCUGGAAAGCAGCAGCGACGGGAAAAGACAGGAGCGCAUUCAGAGGGUGUGCAAGAAGCUGGUGAGCUCAGCGAGAGCGACUGGAGCGACAGAGAGUUCAGUGACGACGAGGGGCCGGCAGACUCUGCAACACAGGCUGCCGUGCGUUUCAAGGGGCAAAUUUCCCCCGAAAACCUUGAAGGUUCCCCUCUACCUGCAUCUGUUAUCAAGAGAGCGGUCGCUAAGAUAAACAGGCGGUAUGAACAGUGCGGAGACACUGCCAGAGAGAUGACCGUGGCAGAGGAGGAACUGAUUGAUAGUGUCAUCCGGCGCUGGGAAAGCUCUGGCUUUCAAGCUUUUGAGAUAGAGGGAAUGACAGUCGACUCGCAGGAGCAGCAGAUCAUUCUGCAGAACGAGGCGUUGACCCCCAACCUCAUUAACAUUUACCUGCGGGCGCUCGAGAUCAACAAGACUCCGCUGACAACCAGCAAGCGCAGAAGGCCCAAGCAAACAAGCCUCCCUGUCGAAGUGGCUUCGAAGCUACUCAGUCCCUCCCUCUCAGAGGAGGACGGUGAGCAACUGCUGGUAGCCAUGGAAGCUCGACGGGUACUCGAUGCCCACAUCACCGUCUUCCCGCUCAUGGAAAGCCGCAUGCACUACUCAGCCCUCGUCGUUGACACCAUUAAGGGCAACAACUCAGUGCUGUUUUUGCUGCGUUGGUUCGACCCAUUCGGAGAGUCGGGGACGACACCCUUGCGAAACAUUCUGCCUCUGCUGAAGCGACUUGCUGAUAUGCAUGUUGCCGCGGAAGGAGAUGCGCUGUACUUCAGAAAGCAAAUGCUCUUGAAGCUGGACUUUGCUGGCCGCUGGAAGCGGGUUACUGCAAGUGGCCGAGAAUGA